ACUUGGCUCAAAAGAUUUCUGAGCACAGUGGAGUUCAGGCGUACUUCAUGACAUGGAGAAUGGCAUAGACUCCAAGGUAAAGGUCAAGCUCGUCUUUGCAAACGAUGACAACACGCUGGAGCUCACUCUGCCAUUGAGCCAGCAUGUGAAAGACUUCAAGCAAGACAUUCUGGAGAAUCAUUGGCCACAGACGUUGCCUCAGGAUGUUGCGAGGCUUCGGCUCUUUGCUGGUGGGAAGGAGAUCGGGGGCAAGGAUGGCGCAGAUAAUCAGCGCCUCAGCGAGAUGAAGAUCCUUGCGGACCUCGCCAAGAUGGGCAUUCCAGCUGUUCAUGUGCAGCCAGUUCCGAAAGCGAUUGCGGUUGCAGUGGACAGCAGGAAGAAGCAGGGAUCUGCGUGCUCCUGCUCGCUAAUGUGACAGCAACAGCUCAGAAGAUGUUCUGCAUUGUCACAACUGACACUGGCUAGUAUCUCCAAAGCUCUUCCAGUUCGAUAGAGUGCAUUUUCCUGCUGGCAGCCGGACCGCCUGGAAGACUUUGCCUUGCAUUGAAGUAUGUGUGUGUGUGUUUGCGUUUCACCAAUAAAGAUUCCUAUCCUGCUGAAAUGCAGUGUAGAGCCACGUAUCGGCGCUGCUUGUUCGGG